ACCCCUUUCCAAACGCGCCUUCACCCACGCACAAACCACCACCACCGCUAUCGCCACCGCUAUCACCGCCGCUACCGGCAAAUCUUCAAUCACACGCACACAUACGCCCCACCCUGCCCCGCCCACCAAAGGGGAAACAAUCAAACAGUCAAUUGACUCCCUUUUUUCCCCCUCCGACGAUGCUCUCCCUGUUCCGGUGCUCUCCAUCACCAGCAGCCCUGGGCCUCUCUGUUACCCGCUGCUUCCGUAGGCUCUCGUACUCUUCCGUCUCCUUCACGGACAUGUCGAAGAUUAUCAUUUCCGGAACAUUGCAAAGAUCCCCGGAACUAAGCACCACCAGUAGCGGCCGCCAAUGCAUCCGCUACACGAUCCGUUCGUGGCAGGGGAAGGGGAAGGCGAAUUACUUUAAUUUCAUGUGCGUGACCGACAAUGCGAAGAGUAUCGAGUACCUGACCGGGGUGCCGCCAGGGUAUGUACUACAUGUUUAUCUCCUCAUCCCUCGUGACCCGCCGAUACGCUGGCCAUCUUUCAUCCAACAGAUUUUCCCUCUUUCUCUCUCCCUUUUGGGGUCCGGCGGUGUUAUUAAUCAAGGCUGAUUGACUAACUAAAUGACCAAAUGUUGGUGGUGCUUUUCGGGAUUUUAGCUCUAAGGUAAUCGCCGAGGGUCAAUUUAGCCCGUACCAAAUUGUCAAACAAGACGGAACCAAGCUCCAAAAGUAUUCCAUCUUCUCAAGUCCGUGCAGCCUUGGCCCUCCCCCUCUCUUCCUCUCCACCCUACUAAAACUCCACAGAUACCCUAAAUGUGACUGAUAGAGGAAAUACCAUUGAGGCCGCAGCCGGUGAAGCCGUUCAAGCUCAAGAAGCGCCUGUGCCCACCGAAGCAUCUGGGUCCACCGAGGCAUCUGAGCCCACCGAAGAAUCUGGGUCCACCGAGGCAUCUGAGUCCACCGAAGAAUCUGGGUCCACCGAGGCAUCUGAGUCCACCGAGGCAUCUGAGUCCACCGAAGAAUCUGGGUCCACCAAGGCAUCUGAGCCCACCGAGGCAUCUGAGUCCACCGAGGCAUCUGAGUCCACCGAGGCAUCUGAGUCCACCGAGGCAUCUGAGUCCACCGAAGAAUCUGGGCCCACCAAAGGCGGUGGAGACCCUGGGCAUCAGGCCUAAUUGGCCCCCCCUUCCGCCUUUCCGGGCCUCCGGGAAAUUGAGGCCGCUCCUCACGGCACUACGGCGGACGGUGGAGGGGGAAUGGACGCGCAUAUAUCUACCUCUUAUCUUUCUUUUCUUGUUCUUUGCUCGUCUAUCCCCUUUCACAUCCAUUUGUGUAUCGCGACGGUAACGACGACAUCAUCCAACAUGGGUUAUCAACAACUAGCCAACUAGCUAACCCUCUCCCCGGAAUACCUGGAAUAACCGGCACCAUAAUCCCCCCAAAUAGGAUUGGAUUGUCAUAGGUUGUUAUGGGGAUAUCUGUAAUUUCUUGAUUGUUCUGCUUGUCCUUCACUUCCUUGUAGAAAUGUUCUUGUUUUCCCGUCUUUUUCCCCUUUCUUCCCUUUUCCCGGCUCCUUCGCCAAUGGAAAUUACCUCGUAUCGUAUCGUGUCGUGGGGGGAAUUCCCACGUACUGCCACUGCCGGAUAAGGAAGGGGAUUUUUUUCUUUCCCUCUCUUUUCUUGUUUCUCUCUUUUUUUUUUCCGCGACAUGGAUGUAUCAUACUUCAUGAUUCAUCACUCGAACCAUGCGAGCCACUAGGGGUUAGCGUGACGAGACGCUUGAUUGGGUGGCGGAUUUGAGCAUGGGAUGUUCGGGCGAGGAUCUGCGAAGACCGGAGAUUGGCGGUGUAGAGAGUUGUAAUCUAAGUUCUCUUGUGGUACCGGUAUGGUACGUGUGGUGGUGGGAGAAUGCCCAAACAUUUUUAUCCCACCCUACCAGUGCCUUUACUAGUACUCGAUCGGCGGGUGUGUCUGCAAUGCAUUUCCGAGAUCUAGAGGUUGCAUAAGGCUAUCUUCCGGCCACUUCCGGUCUGUGGAACAAGUGGCACUCACAGUGGAAAGCUUAAAUAAGAUGUCUUGCCUAACCUCAGUACGAUCAGUUUGCGCACCACGGUUUUAUGCUUUGGAAAGGAGUAUAAGAAAGGGAAACGCGUAGCGGUUUUGUUUAUAUAGGUUAAAUACACAAUAAAUUAAAAGU